AGAGUUUGAAGAGAAGCAGCGGAAGAUCGAGAAGAUGUUGGAGAUGGAGAGGAGGGGGCAGGGCGAGGGAAAAGAUGCGAUCCUCACAGAUUGAAGAACAACUGAUUAAGGCAUCUGGUGACUCACAAUUUUCUCUUCAAGGUCGUGCAGUGAGGAGGCAGGAGUUGGAGCUGGCUCUGAGUGUGAAGCCUGACUCCUUAGAGACUCGGCUUGUACCAGUUUGCGUUGAGAGGAGAGAGAGUGUGUGAGACAGAGACUAUAAUGAGACUGCCAGGUCACCCCAUACAUCAGCUGGCGGCCAUGGAGAAGAAUCUGGUUGAAAGUGCCGAUCCUCAAGCUCUUGCCAGGACCUACCGCAGGAAACGCCGCCAACUCGUGACAUCUCAGGCCCAGCCUCAGGGGGUUCACAAUAAGGCUCCAGACAGGCAACAGUCCCUGUGGGAUGCCACGGAGAGCCCAGUUGUUGUGGAGAAGAGACCCCGCCUGCCACAGAAGGUUGUCUCUUGUAAGAAACAAGCCAUGUAUACAGUCAGAGAUGGUAAAAUCGUGCAGCUCAGUGCGGAACAUGGGAGUGGUGUUGACAAGCCUGUGAGCACAGCAGCCGAGGACAGCUUCAGUGGUCAAGUUUUUGUGGCACUGCAGCCUUCAGUAGAGAAGCCACAAGUCUGUGAUAGACUUACAGAAGAGGAAAUACGUAAACUGCCGAGAUUUCACAACUACAAACAAGGGGAAGUCUCUAAGACACUCUAUGUCAAAAAUUUAUCUUAUAAUGUGACAGAAGCAGACUUAGCAGCUGUUUUUGGUCACUUUCAAGAACAAAAUGAAUGCAUGAUCACUUUUCGGUUAAUGACUGGAAAAAUGAGGGGACAAGCUUUUGUAACAUUUUCCAGCUGUGAGACUGCGACAGAUGCGUUGCAGACGAUAAAUGGUACCAUAUUGAAAGGUAAACCUAUGGUCAUCCAGUACGGUAGACAGCAAGAUUAGCUCUUAUUGGAAAUACCUCUCCCGGUCACAAGCCAUUAAUCGCC